AUGAGUGGAGGGGGCAAUCGAAAUCUAGGUGGAGGAGGCAGCAGCGGCAACCGUAGCGCUGCUGGUGUCUUUAGCCCAUACAGCGAGGAGGUUCCAGUGGAAUGCCUCAUCUGUGCUGACCCGUGCCGCGCGCUGUGCGUGUUUCCAUGCGGGCACUACACAUGCUACAGCUGUGGCCUGCGGAUUCACAGUUUGAACAGGGGCAGCUGCCCGGUUUGCCGUAAAGAGGCGACACAGAUGCCGAUAAUUACGCAGCAGGUGAGUCGCGAGGAGGAGCAGUUCUCGGCUGAGGAGAUGGAGAAUAUGCGGCGGGUUGUCACGACGAAUCGCCACCUGCGCUGCGUCAUCGACUCGCCGCAGCUUGCGUACGAGGUGGCAAAACUGUACGAGUUCACGUGCCCUAUUGAGAGCUGCUGGUGCCAGGGGCAUCAAGAUCCGUUUCUCGAAAUGAACAUGCUGAAGGAUCAUUUGUGGGUCGAUCACGAGCUUGUGUAUUGUGACGUGUGUCUCCAGCACAGGCCCGCCUUCUUGUGCGAGCAGGUGGCCUACUCUAGCACGGCGCUGCAGUACCACAUGGAGGGGCGGUGCCGGCAUGACCGGUCAUCGUUCACAGGCCACCCACCGUGCCGCUUUUGCAAGCGUGCAAACCGCUUCUACGAUGGCGAGUCGCUGCUGAAGCACAUGCAGCAGCAGCACUACACGUGUGAUGUGUGCAAUCGAGGCCAGUUUACCUUCACCUUUUACGCCAGCCGGCAGAAGCUUGAUCAGCACUUCCAGACGUGCCACAAGAUAUGCGACCAUCCCGACUGCGCGUCCCUUGAUUUGAUGAUGCGUGUGUUUGGCAACGAAAUCGACCUGAUGGUGCAUAAACAGCGUGUCCACGGCGUCAAGGCAAAGAUAACGUUCUCGCCUGCCAUGUUCGGCGAGGCCUCUGGCGCGUCAGCGGGCAGCGGCCCUGCCGGUUCCGCGCCGGCGACGGCGUCGAACGCGAACGUGAUCCAGAUCACGUUCGACCAUGUGUUCCGCGUGGAGACGGUGAUGAUGAUGCCGACGAAGGAGAACAGUCACCGUGGUGGUCGCCGUGGAGGCGGUGGUGGUGACCGCGGCGUAGAUAGGGUGCAUGCCCCGGAGGAGAAUGGUAUCCCGUUGUACUACCUGGGCAGCGGCGCCUUCCCGGUCCUCACCCGCUCGGUUGCCAGCGAUGCCGGUGCAGCGUCCACCUCGGCCCGUGUCGGUGGGGCGCGGGGCAACGACAGGAGCAGCGCUCCCUCCUCCUCUGCCUUCGCCGUCGUUGAGGAUAUGAGCAACUAUAACGUCAAGAACAAACUCCCGACAGACAAGAAGCAGCUUGAGCAGCGGUUGAACGACAUGUUGGGCAAACACGCCAGAUCGCCGGUCACCUACGCCCACUUCCGCAGCUACACUCGUGACUUCAUCGAAUCGGCGAUGCUCACCUCCGAGUACUACGACGUGCUGGCGAAGGAGUGCUUUCCUGACCCGCAGGUGUUCCAUGCAGUGUUCCCGUUGAUCGUCGCGACCGUUCCAGUAGCGGCGAAGCAGGCAGCCUUGCAGGAGGUGUAUAAGAUGCGCAUGGCCCCCGAGACGCAGCGCAUCGCCCGCGCCCGCGAGGAGGACGCACGGAAAGAGGCGGAGGCGAAUGCGGCUGCGACGCGUGCGGAGGAGAUGCGGAACUGCAAAGCUGGAAAGAGCACCAGCAGCAAUAACGGCGUCAACAACAGUACACCUGUUGGCGCGCCGUCUCCCUUUGGCCGGGCGAACGCCAAGGGCAAAGGGUCCAAGCAGAAUGCAUGGCUGACGACGGACACGCGGUCCAAGUUUGGUUGCAGCAGCUCCGCGCCGGCCCAACACCAGGACCCCUCUGUCAGCGCCCACGCCACCGCUCCAACGACGUCGGCGCCGCCGGCAGCGGCUUCCCUGAAGCUGCAGUCCAACAACGGCCCGCGCGGUUGGGGGUCUGAAGCGACCGCCUCCUCGGGCACGUCCGUCACCACGCCGGUUGCCGCCUCGGCGCCGGUGUCUAGCCCAGCCCAUGUAGGGCCUGGACUGGUCAUCAAUGAAGAGACGUUCCCGUCCUUGCCGAACAACGGUAUUCGCCGUGAGCCCAUCAGCAAGGCGCAGCGACCAAAGGCAAACGCGUGGUUUAAACGGUAA